AUGUUCCCCAAGACCGUCCUCGCCCUCCUCCUCACCGUAACCUCCGCCCUCGCAUCCCCCUUGGAAACCCGCCAAGCAUCGACCUACUUCACCCCCUCCUCAACCUUCACCUACAACACCAGAACCGGCGCCAUCACCCCAACCUACGGCACGGCCGUCGUCUCCAAAUCCACCUCCAACGCAGGCAACGACCUCACCGCCCUCCUGACCUUCACCUACCCGCCCGCCGCCGCCGGCAAAAAGUGCCAGUUCUACUUCUACCUCGACGCCGCCACCUCCAGCGCCUCGGGCAGCCGCAAGCUCGACGUCUUCACCUCGCUGAAGCCCGCGCCCGCCGGCGGCUCGCCCGGCUGGGGCGCGGGAGGGCCCGGGAACCAGAGGAACGUGAACAUCGGGCGGUUGUCUGUUGUUGCGGGCGGGUAUGCUACGUGGGAUGCCACGUACGGGGCGUACUUGACCGCGCCGACGGAUUGCAAGGCGCCUGGUACCGUGGAGGGGCUCGAGCUUGUUGGCGUUAAUGACAAUGAUUAUGUUUCGUGGAAUACGCAGGUUUCUGGGGCUCGGAUUGCUUACUUCUGA